AUGUCGGACCAGAAGGAUAGCAAAGGAAAGACCCCUCAGCGCCCCGAGAAUGAGUCCGGAUCCGCCAGCGGAGACGGCGCGACAGGCUCGGGCAACGACAAUCGCUCAAAUGAGUCGAAAACGGUCCCCAAGAACGUUGCCGAGUCGCUGAUUGAAAUGAACCCGGCACUGAAGAACGAACUCGUCUCGAUGGACAAGGACAAGGCCGCGAAUGCGCUGCGAAACAUGGAUAUUUCGCAACUGCUGACCGGCCUGUCGAUGGGAGGAAAGAACCAGAAGGAUAUGGCCUCAUACAAGUUCUGGCAGACACAGCCUGUGCCCCGAUUCGAUGACCAGGCCGCGAAGGCCCCAAUUGCCCAGGGUCCUAUCAAGAUCAUCAAGCCCGACGAAGUGUCAAAAACGCCUGACCCGCUGCUGGAGGGGUUUGAGUGGUGCACUCUUGACCUGACAAAUGAAACGGAGCUCCGGGAGCUGUAUGAGCUGCUGAAUAACCAUUAUGUCGAGGACGACAACGCCAUGUUCCGGUUCAGCUACUCGCAGUCGUUCUUGCAUUGGGCUCUCAUGUCUCCCGGGUGGAAGAAAGAAUGGCACGUUGGAGUUCGCGCUACCAAGUCGCGCAAGCUGGUCGCCUCGAUCUGUGGUGUUCCUACGGAGCUUCGUGUCCGCGGUGAGCGGAUCAAGGUGACUGAGAUCAACUUCCUGUGUAUCCACAAGAAGCUGCGCUCGAAGCGCUUGACGCCUGUCCUCAUCAAAGAGAUCACUCGGCGCUGCUAUGUCAAUGGCAUCUUCCAGGCAAUCUACACCGGCGGUGUGAUCCUGCCCACCCCUGUCAGUUCCUGCCGGUACUACCACCGUGCGCUAGACUGGCUGAAGCUGUAUGAAGUCGGAUUCUCCCCCCUGCCGCAUGGAUCUACCAAAGCUCGCCAGAUCACCAAGAACCACCUGCCCAGCAACACGUCGACACCCGGCCUGCGGGCCAUGGAAGUCAAGGAUAUUGACGCCGUCUAUGACCUGCUGGAGCGGUAUAUGCGGCGAUUCGAUCUUAACCAAGCGUUUACCCGGGAUGAAAUCGAGCACUGGCUGGUGUACAAGGAACAGCCCGGUAAGGAGCAGGUGGUCUGGUCGUAUGUGGUGGAGGACCCGGAGACGCACAAGAUUACCGACUUCGUCUCGUUCUACAAUCUCGAGUCGACCGUUAUCGACAACCCCAAGCACGAGGCUGUCCGCGCAGCUUAUCUUUACUACUAUGCGACUGAAACGGCCUUCACCGAUAACACUAAGGCUCUCAAGGACCGUCUGCUGGUGCUGAUGAACGAUGCGCUCAUUCUUGCCAAGCAGGCUCAUUUUGACGUCUUCAAUGCUCUCACGCUGCACGACAACCCCCUGUUCCUCGAGCAACUCAAGUUCGGCGCCGGUGACGGCCAGCUCCACUUCUAUCUGUACAACUACCGCACGGCACCCGUCCCUGGUGGCAUAAACGACAAGAACCUGCCCGACGAGAAGAAGAUGGGCGGCGUGGGAAUUGUCAUGCUUUAA